AUGGAAACGAUUGAAGCCAAAGGCCUGCUUGACAAUUUGGAAGGAAGGAAAAAGGCUAACAAAGAUUUUUUGGCUGGAGGGUCGACGCUUUACCAACAUCAAGACGUCUGCUUCGAGAAAUGCGAAACUCUGGAGCGAGAAGUCGCGUUUGCGGACAACGUCACUAUAAUGGGGGUCAGUUGAAACUAAGCAAGUGAAAUUAAAAAAACUAUUUCGCAAAAUUUUUAAAACUCAAUGAUCGGAAUGAAGACGCAUGAUAAAAAAAUAAUAAUAAUGAAAAACCAAAAAUUUUUUUUAAAUUUUUUUGUCGAUUAUUCCAUAAUACCAUAAUUAUACCAUAAUUUUUUUACCAUAAUUUUUUUGAUUUUUUUAUCGAAUCUAGAAAAAAAGGGCUAAAAAAAGAUUUCAUAUUUUUUUGUUUAUUUGAUUCGUUGAAAAAUUUUUUUAUCAGGCUUUUUCAUUCGUUUUAAAAAAAUCAUUUCAGGAAGUGGAAUAUACGCAAACGCGCCAAGGCUUGCGAGUGAAGCUUGUAAGUACAAUGAUUAAGUUGAACUACUGCGCUGAACAAAUGCGUUAUUGUGACACCGAAUGCCUGAAACGCAAUUACUAUGAAGCCGACUUCCAAAGAUUGCACCGAAGUUGGGCCAAAAGCGCAAAAGCCUUCUGCGACGAGCUGACCGUCACUUUUCGGGAAGUCGACGACUUCCUGGCCUCUAAUAACUCGUUUCUCGUUAGUUUUGUUCUUCUCUUUACAAAACAACUUUUCCAUUUUCAGAAAGAAGACGCUUUUUGUGAUUUACUCGAAACGCGUCAAGCUGCUGAACUUCUCAUGAAAGGACUUCCGACGUUGCCAGAUUGUUCAAAAGAAAGGGGCCUCUUUCUUUCGGUGUCUGAGGCCUUCAGAACUGUGACCCCGGUGAAUUUCUUUUUACUUUCCUACUUGAAAAAGCAUCAAAAAGUUCAAUGCAUCAAAAAAAAGUUUCACAAAAAAAUAUGGAACCCAAACAUAGAAUAAAAAUUUUUUUGAGUGUAAAAAAACAGGAAACCCGAUUUUUUUCAGUGAAAAAUCUCGCAAAUUAUUCUGUUACAGGAAACAUUUUUGCUUGGCCGAGUUUGUGAAGACGAUCGCUCGUGCUGACGGGAAUGAAGCAAGAUCAGGAGAGAUUGAAAAAAAUGCGAGCGUGUACAAAAAGGUACGAAACUGAACAGACAAUAAAAAUUAUGAGAGAAUAUACCGAGUUGAAUAGGAAAAUAAUUGAUAAACUAAUGUUAUAAUACAAAAAAACUUAAAUUCAAAGCAAAUGUCAACCAAAACGGAGAAAAAAAAAUUUUUGAGAAUGAGGCUUGGGCAGGAGAAAGCGCGAAAAAGAAAACCGAGAAAGUUGACAAGGUACAGAAAAAGCGAGAUUGAAAAAUGUGUUUUGAGGACAGAGUUUAGAGACUCAGAGAAACGACUGGUUCACAACUCGAGUUUUAGAUAAAUGGAGGAAAUUCCGAAACAUGAAAAAACUUACGAAAAAAUUCCUUUGAAUUCAAAAAAAUUAAGAAACUAAGUUUUUAAGUGAAGAUCUUGCUAAUUUUUGAAGCUUUGAUGAAAGGUGGCGAGCAAGAGAAAGACGACGAAAAAGAAGAGGUAUAGAAUAAUUGAUUAAAUUCCGAUGAUAAUAAUCAUCCUCUCGCAAAUUUCGAAUUCUAAACCCUUUCUCGGAAAGUUCAAACAUUUUCAAAAGCAAGAUUUCAAUAUCCCGAUUUGUGAAUGAAAAUCUUGCAAACCUCCUGAUUGAAGAUGCACGAAGGAACGGUAGAAUCCGAAGAAAAGACGAUGGAUGGCCAAAAUAAAGACGGAGAAGUCGAUAUGGUCGACAAAGAUAAUGUGCAAUUGAAGAACGACGACUCAGAGGUACAGAAAAAGAGGCAACUAGUUGAUUUUGAGAAUUUGCUGAGUUAACCAAGAAAACUUGCUUUCAAUUUAGCAUGAUCACUCUGUAGCGGGAUAAAGGUCAAAUAAAAUACAUUUUUAUGCUUUUCUCUUGCGAGUUAAAUAAUAUUUUCAAAUUCUCACGUGACUUCAAAUGUUUAACAGCCCAAAAAACACCUUUUUAGUUUUAACGGCACCGUUCAAGACAUCUUUUUUUUGGUUUUUGGCGCGCACUUGAAAAUGUUUCAGGAAGGAACCCUAUAUGAAGAAGGUCGAAAAAGACAGUCAUGUUUGUCUAUGUUGUUGGAUGAAUACGAAGAUUCUAUUCGUCUCGUUAUUGAGCUGGAGUCUGAGGUCGCGAGUCUCUCCGAGAAGAAACCAACAUCUCGGGAAACCAGCAGCCACGUCAUCCGCAAAAUUCAUCAUGCCUCGACUGAAGCCCGAGCCGCCAUCCAUGGAAACACCGUCAGUUUUUUCACUCUGUUUCAUACAAAUCCAGUUAAUUUUUGCAGGAGGAAAAUCAGAAACUCCGUCGGGAGAAUAAUUGUCGGAAUGCCCUCAAGGUCAAGGGCAGAAAAGCCAAACCGGAAGAAGGCUCCCAAAUCGCCGUCGCCUUGCAGGUACCUAACGCAAAUGAAAAAAAAAACACAAGCUUUGGAAAAUGAAAAUUAAAGAAACCUUUUCCUUAAAGCAAUCGAAACUUGCUAAAUAAUCUUAUUCUCUUAUAAUUUUAAAUUUGCAGGUUGGCUUGGGUCCCGAUUCGAAUACCAACUCUCCUGGUAUCGAUGCCAAAGGCAAAGCUAAGGAACUUCUACAGUUCGCGGGAAAAGGCCAGCCGCCAACCUACUUCGGGGCAAAAUAA